AUGCCACUGGCCACCACGAAUGCCAUUCUUUCUGUCACUUUGGGUAACCUCGGCGCUCCACGUAUCUGUCGAAUGGAUAAUGGCGCCUCGGAAAGUGUCUCUGUCCUUACCGCCGACUCCACAAAGGGGACUCUGUUAUCGAGCUCUUCUGGUGGAACUGGCUCCCGGAGCUCUAAUAACUUAGCUUCCGCAUUAGAGACCCUUAGCAUAAUAUCGAAACUUCCAGAAAAGUCACGACAACGCCUGAAGCCUGAAAACCAAACUUUGCAAGGCAAAUUUCACAAAAGCAGGUCAUCGGAUAAUCUUUCUCGAGUGUUCGGGACAAUAAAGGAUUCCUCAUUAGAGCCUAGUACAAGUUCAACGAGCCCUUACAAAGAAGUAGUCAAAGAUCCUCAGACUGAUCAGGACGAUGAGGAAGAGGAAGAUGAUGAUGAUGAUGACGAGGAUGAGGACGAUGACGAUGACGACGAUUCUGGAUCUGGCUAUGCGAACAUUCUAUUGCAAGGUGAGGCUGCUUACCAAGAACCAGUAUCAGUACGACCCAGGCUUUCGCUGGAAUCACUACAAUAUGCCGAAACCAAUAAAGCAGCAGCAUCAGCACCUUUUCCUUGGCCCGACGAUGGUCCGGUGAAAUGUUCUCUUAAAAAGGGUCUAUCCUGCUCGGCUGCUGUUGGAUGUGCCUGGUGCCGCCUGGUUCCUGGUGCUCGCUUUCCACUAGAGACAUCGUUUUGUGCACCUCAGAGCGUCUGCUAUGGCGGCGUGCUUUACGCACCAUCGCCGUAUCCAGAUGUGGCUCUUCAGCUACUUGGUAAGAAGGGAAAAAAGUGCGCGACUAAGAAUUGUUUAUCUAAUUGUCCAUAUAGUAAAAUUGUAAUAAUCGCUACUAGAUCGCCCUUUCCAGAAGUGACGCUACGGCCAUUUAGUAAUAAGAGACUAAUUUGA